AUGCAUAUCACAUGCCUUCUUGCAGCGACAGACAUUCUCGUGACAAAAGCCCGCGAUCAAUGGUGUGGAACAUUGAUUGUUCUUUUCCAGCCGGCAGAGGAGCGUGGGACCGGUGCUCUAGCCAUGAUCGCCGACGGGCUCUCCAACAAGAUUCCAAAGCCUGAUUAUCUAUUUGGACAACAUAUUGUCGCAAACCUCCCGGCCGGAAUGAUCGGUCUACGCAAUGACACCAUUAUGGCAGGGGCAGAGAGUAUGCGGUGCAAGAUUCAUGGACGAGGAGGACACGCAUCUCAACCACAUCGUUUAAUUGAUGCUGGGGUUCUGGCUGCCAACUGUGUUAUACGUCUACAGCAGAUUGUUAGCAGAGAGCUAGCCCCGAGCGAGACUGCCGUUGUGACAGCUGUGCCUUUAAGUGCAGCGGCUGCGGAGAAUAUCAUCCCAAAUGACUUGGAACUCGGUAUUGACAUCCGAUUCGUGACGAGUUCAACAAGAGACCAGUUACUGAAAUCUAUUUAUCGUAUCAUCAACGCUGAGUGUCAAGCCAGCAACGCUCCACAACCACCUGAAUUUACGACAACUCGCCGGUUUCCUUUGACCAUCAACGAUCUUAAGACAACCAACCUUCUCAAAGGAGGCUUUGCUGAGCACUUUGGCCCUAUGUUCAACCCGGAAAUCACUGUUUCAACUAUUGCGGAAGACUUCCCUUACCUAGCUCAGGGACAGCCCUAUGUUUUCUGGCAUCUCGGAUGCUCGGAUUCUACUACUUUUGAUCUUGAGGGACGUCACGACUCAGAUCUUCCUCCAGUACCGAUGAACCAUUCGUCUGGAUUCAAGCCUCUUAUACAGCCCACAUUGCGAGCCGGAAUUGAAGCGCUUCUAAUUGCUGCUCUAACAUGUUUCCGCCGACCCCUAGUCCCCAGUCUAUAG